ACUGGUGUUACGAAAACAUGGAAAAUGUAUAGAUCUUUCCUACAGUGAACAAAGGCUCGAACAGGGAUUAUACACGGACACAGUUCUGUAAAGUUGUUAAGGUUGGGUCUGUUAGUGUUUUGCAUAAGUGCUUGGAGAGUGUAUUAUAUCCUCACACACACCUCCUCUGAUGAACAUCCGGAGGAGUGGAGUGUUAUAACACAUGUGUGAAGUGGGCUUCAAACACGUGAGGUUGUAAACAACAAACUGGAGGAGCUGGGCGGCCAUUAUUACCUGGGCUCAAUGACAUGAAGUCCCCUCUCUUUUUCCUGGCACUCGCUGCCAAUGUUAUUUGUGUGUGUCUGAGCUACACACUGAGGAGCCCCGUGUCGUGGGUCGUCUCCUCCAACGAUGUGGUGGAGGACGCGGACCUGUCCGAGGAGGUCGCCUCGGCUCUGCUGGUGGACGGAGCCGGGCUGUGGAAGCAGGCUUACCCGUCUCCAAACGCUCUCGCAGACAGCGUGGAGAUCCCCUCGGAGCUAGUCAAGCAGAAGGAGGAGAAUGUGGCGCAGCUUUCCUCUCGACUGUUUUCAUAUCGGCUGGACAAGGUGAAGAACUCUAACAGCGGCGGCCCUCCACCUCACGAGGAGACCGCCAGGACUGCCAGAUACAUAGCCCACAGCAGUGACUGGGGACAUCUAGCCACCAUUUCAACUCAAGACAAGAUUAAAGGAAUCCCAUUUGGAAACAUCUUCUCAGUCAGUGAUGGACCGCUGGACAACAGCACUGGAGUCAUCUACUUUUACGUAACUCCAAUGGACUACACAGUGACAGACCUGAAAAAUAACCCCUAUGCCUCACUGACAUUCUCAGAGGCUGAAGGAGAAUUCUGCAGGCAAAUGGUGUAUGAUCCAGAGGAUCCAAGAUGUGCUCGACUCACACUUACAGGCAAGAUGGUGGAGGUGGCCCCUGAGGACCUUGCAUUUGCCAAGGAGGCGAUGUUCUCACGACAUCCUGUGAUGGCAAAGUGGCCAGUGGGACACAAGUGGUUCUUCAUGAGGCUGGAGUUGAUCCAGAUCUGGCUGCAGGACUGGGUUGGAGGCGUAUCACUCAUUCCACUGGAGGACUACUUUAAAGCUACACCGUUUUGAAAACAUCUCUUCCCCUGCAUCAUGUUAGCUUGGUAAAACAGACCAAGGGCGAAUACCACGAAGCAAUGCACGACAUACCCAGGCUUUCUUUGAGUUAGCUGGCUCCACAAAGCCUGAUGCUCUGUUUAGAGAUGACAGGUAUAAUGAAGCUGGUUCUCUGUUUCUCUGUUAGCUUUCUGCUUCAGGCUCUGUGCACGCUCACAUGAAAGGAGGGAUUUAGCACAUCAUUUGAUACUUCAGCACAAACAUGAACGAUCACCAGCUGUCUGCUUCAGUCAGGCUGAUAUAAUGAGAGGAGAUAAUGAAUCUUUAAACAUUAUUGCGGUGAAAAUCAGCACUGCUGCUGCACUUAUGAAAGAGAGACAUGCUGCGGAAAAUGAUUGUGUUACUUUGUAAAUUUAGUUGUUGAUUUUACCAGAUAGUACACGCUGAGUGGUUUAUUUCUAAUAUGACUGCUACUCACAGUAGAACUCUUGAACUUAACCAGGGAUGCACAUGAUUUCAUCAGUGUGGGCAGAAACUGCAAUUACAUCAGAUACCUCUACUUUAUAAACAACUCUGGAAUCACUUUUGUAACCUGUUUGGCCAAACGUCUAAUAGUUCAGUACCUUGAUUUAAUCAGUGAUAGAUAUCAAUAAACUAAUCAAUUUUAGAACCAAACAUAAAAAGGUAGGUCUAUUAAAAUGUAAUUUUCAGAUGAUGUGCCGUUAAAGUUCUCUCACUUUGUGGAUGAUCAGCUGAAACUGAAAGUAUUAGUUUUGCCUGGAGCAAACUGAGUAUUAAAGAUGAGGGAGACUGGAGGGGGUCCGAUUAUAUUCUUGACAAGGAUAAUUCAAUUAGAUGCAUUUAGGCUCCUGUGUUGCGAUGCAUAGAGUGUCACCGUCAUUACAUUUUUGUUCUGUGUUCAUUAAAAAAGUCAAGUGUGAAGGUUCCAAAAAGCCAGCUGAUUAUCUAUAUUGCUCAUUUAUGGCAUCUGCAAGAAUUGAUUAGUUAAAUUAUAUCACUUUGCAUCCAAUCUCAAGCCAUAACUCUGAAUGUAACCUGCUACCAACCAGGUUGAGUUAGGAGUAAGUUACCAUGUUGAUCUAGAAAGGUUAGUAGAGAGCCAGCUUCAUGACAUGGAAAACUCCUGGUUUAGGCUCAACAGCCCCAGCUUACCCUUUAAUCUUGCUUCAUGGCACACCCCCAGCUUCAGCAGUCAGCGCCUGAAAUGUCAAUCUAAUAUAGGGUAAGAAGAAAUCCAAAGCAGUGAAUGUGCGCAGAAUAUUUUCAGUACUGCUAUUUUUCAAAUUGGUAGAAAUACAGGUGCUUAUUUUUGCUGAGUCAUUUGCUUCUAAACUCUGUUUGUCACAGUGAGUUCAUCAGAUUCCUAAAUUUGAUGUUUGAAUGUAUUCUCACUAAAUAUGGUAGGGAUGUGAUAAUCACAGGUGUCAUAUGGAAUUAUGUGUCCUGUCUAAUGUAUUCUCUAUGAACACUAAUUGCUAUUUUUUGGGAGUUGAUUUUAAAAAUGUGUGCAGUGAAAACAAUAAAUGAAUGUGAGCACUAAA